AUGUCGGACAACAAUAGCGGAGCAGUGAACAAGCCCAACCAGUUCGAAGGGGAUAAAGGGAAGAGCAAGGAAUUCUUGGACGAAUUGUACCUAUACUUCGAAGGAAACUCCAAGAAGAUCCAGACUGAUAAGGACAAGGUUCAAUGUGCCCUUUCCUAUAUCAAAGGACCUGCCCAGUCCUUUGUUCACACCAUCAUUACUGAUGCACAAGAACCCAUCUCUGAUUCCAAAGAUGUGCCACUUAAAGGAUUACCCAGCUGGGCUAAUUUUAGGAAGUCCUUUAUUCAAACCUUCAGAGUCGAGGAUGACACUCAGGCAGCCUUAAACGAGAUCAGCAAAUGCACCUGGGCAAAGUGUGGAGGAAAUGGUCUUCAAUUUGUCACAACUCUUCGACCUCUCUUACAGGCCAGUGGGUUAAACAAAUUAGGUCAAAUUCGAGAACUCCAGCGUCUUAUCCCUCCUGCUCUUCUACUCAAGAUUGCCACUCAACUGCAAUUACCAGUCACUACAGUUGGAUAUCUCAACAGCAUCCAGUCUAUCUGUCAAUCUAUGAUCGACAUCUUCGGUGAUAAGCCUUUGCUCAUGCCAUUGGCCAAUUGUUUUUUGGCCGUAACAAAUUCGUACAUUGCAACCAGGCAGUUGAAACCAGAGAUAGAUCAUCAAAGGAAGUAUCAUCUAACAAUCAGCGGAUCAGAUGUCUGUCAGACAAAGAUCACAAGGAGCACAUAG